AUUGGAAAUAUUUGGAGGUGUCUGAGGAGAAACUUAAGUCAUCGUCAGCACGUAAAUGUUAUGUAUUGUGACACAUAGCAGUUCUGGGUUUAUUUCGCGUCAAAGCCGGAAGUACCGUUGGUUGGUUUUAUUCUAGCUAGCUGUCAAAACACUACUCAAACCAAACACUGCCACUGUGCUCAGAUAAGAUCCGCUCACCUGACAAACAACACUCCAGGGUGAUGGGGCCAGACAGUGCCCCAGAUCCAACAGUGCCCUGGCGGAAGGUGCUGUGGGAGCGCCAGCCAUUUCCUGACAACUACGUGGACCAGCGCUUCCUUGAAGAAUUACGGAGGAACGAGGGCCUCCGACACUACCAUUACUGGGCUGUGGUGAAGGAAGCAGGCUUUGUGGGGCAGCAGCUGUCCUGUGUGGCCAUUUUCAUCACCCUCUGGCUCUACAUGGAGCAGGGUCUGCUUACCCCUGAGAUGCUGUUGGUGACCAGCCUCACAUGUGCGGUGCUGGGUUAUGGACUACACCAAGCUUUGACAUCACAGGUUGAAUCCGGCUGUGAGCCCCGUACUCAUCUGGCUGACUUGCAAAGUGCCACCAUUUUUCUGUCCUUCACCUUUGGAUUCUCACCAGUUCUUAAGACACUAACAGAAUCUGUGAGUACGGACACAGUGUAUGCCAUGUCUGCUUUGAUGUUGCUGGCCCACCUGGUUUCAUUCCCUUACGCGCAGCCUUCACCCCCAGGAAGUCUGUCCCUAAAUGCAGCUCUGUUUGCCUCAGUGUGUUUAGCCUCGAGGUUGCCUGGGGCCCUUCACACCUUUGCCAUGCUCAGCUGUGCCCUGCUGGUGUUUGCCCUGUGGCCAUGUCUGCUGCAGAGGCUGAGGGACAAGGCUCCCAGCCACUUCACUGGGGUGUGUGUGGGAAUGUGCAUUGGAGGAGUAGGAGGUCUGAGCUCCCAGUCUCUUGGUGGGGCUGUGCUGCUGGCACUGGCCCUAGGAAGUGUUACGUUUCUCUGUCCUUUACUACUGGUCAGGCUGCAGAGGCACAAGGACAACAUCCAAGGACCCUGGGAUGAGGCUGAGAUUCAUGAAGAUCUCAUCCACUUCCUUCAAUAAAACAUGUUACAAGACAAAAGAGAAACAAACAUAACUGACAUUUACUGUUAAAGAAUUAUGCUGGGUUUUUUUUGUUUUUACAUCUGAACUGACUAAAAUGUUACUGUUUGUUAAAACUGAUCAUCUCUUUGGACAGCCACAAAUUCUUGUUUUAAUGUUAAAGCUGCUACUAACAAGUGUUGACCUCAGAAUUUGUAAAUACAGUAAAUCAACUAAUGUGCAAUGCUGACUUUCUUAACUGGUGGGUUUAUGGUUGUGUCCAAUGUGGUGUUGAUGUGUAUGAAUGGUUGGGCAUUGUAAAUGACAGAUUAUGAACAAGGGCUCUAAUUCUGUUGGAAACUACAAUAUGUUUAAAUUAAACAUUAUUCUACAGUUUAA